CCGAUAGAAGGCAACUGUACUCACUCCGCUCGCGCAGGCUUGAGUGGGUAACGAAACAAGCGUACCUAGCAUUUCCCGCGCGCGUUGUCGCAUUGUGCAGAGUUCAGCAACUCCAGAACAGCAAACCGACAAGAUGGCAUCAAUAAUGGAGGUCCCGAAAUCGAGAAUAAACUGCUCUAUGCUGUCCCAGAACAUUAACAGAGCGGUCUGCUUCGUCGGGAGGGUAGAAAAGGUUCACCCGACAGGUAAAACCUUCACCUUGUCUGAUGGAGACGGAAAAACUGCAACUGUUGAACUGAACGAACCUCUUGAUGAGGAGCUGAGUGGGGUGGUGGAGGUCAUCGGUAUGGUGUCCAACAAAGGAGUGAUAAUGGCUUCAACAUACAACAUGCUGCGAGAGGACAAAGGCAUUGCUUUUGACCUGGAGCUGUACAACGAAGCCCUGAAGGUCAUCCAUGAUUUCCCUCAGCACUACCCGUUUGAAGUGUCUGCAAGUUGAAGAAGUUGAACUCAUCGACCUGUUUGUUCGCCAAGUAUUCUGUCCAGUUUAAAUGUUCAGUUUGUUUCAUUAGAUUUGUACAAAAGAUAAUCUGUUAUAUCACAUACACGUUUUGACAAUAAAAUAAAGAUGUGUUGAAAAUUUUGA